AUGAGCAGCAGCAACUACCGCAGCAAAAUUAACAAUAACAACAACAAGAACAGCAAAACAACUAGCAACAACUAUAACAACAAUAACAAUAGCAACAACAACAAUAUCAACAACAACAACAUCAAAAACAACUACAACAACCGCAACAACAACAACAACAAAAACAACAACAACAACAACAGCAACAACAACUACAGCAACAACAACGACAACAACAACAAAAACAAUUACAAAAACAUCAGCAACAACAAUAGUAACAACAACAACAAUAACAACAACAAAAGCAGCAAUAACAACAACUACAAAAAUAACAACUGCAACAACAACAAUAGAAACAACAACAACAACAACAAUAACAAAAGCAUCAACAAUAAAAACAAUAGAAACAUCAACAACAACAACAAUAGCAAAAACAACAGCAACAACAACAACAACAACAAUAACAACAAUAGCAGCAACAACAACAACACCAGAAAUUACAAGACCAACAUCAACAACAACAACAACAAUAGUAACAACAACAAUAACAACAACAACAAAUCUUGCCGCAACAACAACAACACCAACAACAACAACAGCAACAACAAAAACAACAACAAAAACAACAAUACCAGCACUAAUAAUAACAACAACAAUAACAACAACAACAACAACUACAACACCAACUGCAAUAACAACAACAACAACAAUAACAACAAUAACAACAACAACAACAACACAACAGCAACAACAAAAACAAUAGCAGAAACAACAACACCACCAAUAGCAAGAACAACAACAACAACAAUAACAACAACAACAACACCAAACAACAACAACAAUAACAGCAACAAUAACAACAACAAAAAUAGCACGAACAACAACAACAACAACAAUAACAGCAACAAUAACAACAACAAAAAUAGCACGAACAACAACAACAACAACAAUAACAGCAACAAUAACAACAACAAAAAUAGCACGAACAACAACAACAACAACAAUAACAGCAACAAUAACAACAACAAAAAUAGCACGAACAACAACAACAACAACAAUAACAGCAACAAUAACAACAACAAAAAUAGCACGAACAACAACAACAACAACAAUAACAGCAACAAUAACAACAACAAAAAUAGCACGAACAACAACAACAACAACAAUAACAGCAACAAUAACAACAACAAAAAUAGCACGAACAACAACAACAACAACAAUAACAGCAACAAUAACAACAACAAAAAUAGCACGAACAACAACAACAACAACAAUAACAGCAACAAUAACAACAACAAAAAUAGCACGAACAACAACAACAACAACAAUAACAGCAACAAUAACAACAACAAAAAUAGCACGAACAACAACAACAACAACAAUAACAGCAACAAUAACAACAACAAAAAUAGCACGAACAACAACAACAACAACAAUAACAGCAACAAUAACAAC